UCUCUUGCCCCCUCAUGUGUUGAAGAAGUCAGUCAACACUCAACAGUCUUGUCCUGAUCACUUAUAAAUUAUCUUCUAAGAACAAAGCAAUUAGCAGAUCGAUACACCAUAACCCAUUUCUUAAUCUGAUCAAUAUUGUUCUCUUCUCUCUCUCUGUGUCUAUCCAUUUUGAUUUUCUUUGGAGCUAAUUAGAUUAACAUGGCUGCGGAAUUGGUGGGUGGAGCUUUUCUGUCUGCAUUCCUACAGGUGUUGUUCCACAGAAUGACUUCACGUCAGGUUGUGGGCUACAUCCAAGGAAAGAAACUCAACGACAAGCUGCUGAAGAAGUUGAAGAUCACGCUGUUGUCCGUCAAUGCAGUGAUCAAUGACGCGGAGGUGAAACAAUUCGGGGACACCUUAGUCAAAGAGUGGCUGCUCGAACUUAAAGAUGCUGUGUAUGAUGCAGAGGACCUCUGGGAUGAGAUCGCCACUGAAGCUUUGAAAUGCCAGCAGAUUAACGCAGAUAAUUCCGGAGGCACCUUAAAUCAGAUAAGACCCAAGAUAGAAGAGGUCCUCGACAGAUUAGAGUUUAUUGCAAAACAAAAGGAUGCCCUUGGCCUCAAACAUGGUGUUGGAGAGAAGUCAUGGAAAAUGUCAACAACAUCUCUGGUGGAAGAAUCUAAUUUGUAUGGAAGGGAUGAAGAUCGGGAGGCCAUUAUCAACUUGUUGCUGUCGGAUGAUGUCAAUGGCAACAAUAUUUGUGUGAUUCCCAUAGUGGGAAUGGCCGGGAUUGGCAAGACCACCCUUGCUCAAGUUGUAUACAACGAUGUUAGAGUGAAGGAGAACUUCGAGUUUGCAGCAUGGAUUUGCGUCUCUGAGGAGUUUGAUGUUUCCAGGAUAACAAAAACAAUCCUUGAGGCAGUCACUUCAGUUUGUUGUGAUUUCAAGGAUCUGAAUUUGCUUCAACUAAAACUCAAAGAGGAGUUAUCAGGGAAGAAGUUUUUACUGGUUCUGGAUGAUGUCUGGAAUGAGAGUUAUUACAGUUGGGAGGCCUUGAGGAGAACUUUCACCUCGGGGACACAUGGAAGUAAAAUCAUUGUGACCACACGCAAUGAAGGUGUUGCCUCUAUUAUGCGCUCUGUUCCAAAUCAUUAUCUGAAUCAAUUGACAGAUGAAGACUGCUGGCUACUAUUUGCAAAAUAUGCAUUUGCGAAUGCAAACUCUUAUGCAAAUCCAAUCUUAGAAAGAAUUGGUAGAGACAUCGUGAAAAGAUGCCAAGGCUUACCAUUAGCAGCAAAGACGCUCGGGUGUCUCUUGCGCUUUAAAGUAGAUGCCGAUGAAUGGGAUAGCAUUCUCAAAAGUGACAUAUGGGAAUUAUCGGAUGACCAGAGCAACAUUCUUCCUGCCUUGAGAUUAAGCUACUACUACCUCCCUUCACAUCUGAAGAGAUGCUUUGCCUAUUGCUCGAUAUUUCCGAAAGAUUAUAAAUUCAAGAAGGAGCAGCUAAUCCAAUUAUGGAUGGCAGAAGAUCUUUUGCAGCAACCAAAAAGAAACAAGAGACUGGAAGAAGUGGGAGACGAGUACUUCCAUGAAUUAGUAUCGAGGUCAUUUUUUCAACGAUCAGCAGGUGAGAACUCGUGCUUUGUUAUGCAUGACCUUAUAAAUGAUUUGGCUAGAUUUGUAUCUGGGGAACUUUGUUUUAGAUUGGAGGAUGACAACUCUAAAGAAAUUUCAGAAAAGACUCGUCAUUUGUCUUAUGUUAUGGCGUUGGAAGAUCUUUUCAAGAGAUUUGAGAUUUUCUACAAAGCAAAAUGUCUACGCACCUUUCUACCGCUCUAUUCCCCAGAUGAGUUUUAUUGCUUAUCUAAUAAGGUGCAACAUAAUCUAUUGAUUAAGCUGAGGUGCUUGAGGGUAUUAUCUUUGUCCAACUAUCAUAGCAUUAGUGAGCUGCCAGAUUCAAUUGGCGAACUCACACAUCUAAGAUAUUUGGACCUCUCUCGUACUUUGAUCAAAAGGUUGUCUGAAUCUGUGAGUACUCUGUACAAUUUACAGACACUGAAGUUGGCAUAUUGUUAUCGUCUCAGGCAGUUGCCUACUGGUAUGCACAAUCUAAUUAACUUGCGUCAUCUAGAUAUGAAUGGAACAUGUGUAGAAGAGAUGCCAGCACAGACGAGCAAAUUGGAAAGUCUCCAAACAUUGAGUACUUUUAUUGUGGGAAAAGAGAAAGGGAUAAAGAUUGGAGAGUUGGGGAAACUUUCAAAUCUUCGAGGAACACUAUCCAUUAAGAAGUUGAAGAAUGUUGCAACUGCUGAGGAUGCCUUCGAUGCCAAGUUAAAGGAUAAGAAAUACCUUGAAGAAUUAGCCUUGGAAUGGGGCUAUGGAAAGACAGAUGAUACAAAGGGCGAAAGAUAUAUACUCGAGAAGCUUGUGCCUCAUACAAACUUGAAAAAGCUCCAGGUCCAUAAUUAUGGGGGCACAAGAUUUCCAGGUUGGUUAGGAGAUCGUUCAUUCCACAAUAUGGUAUCUGUAAGCCUUCAAAACUGUGAAUAUUGCCUAAUCUUGCCACCCCUUGGGCAACUUCCUUCCCUCAAACACCUUUCCAUUGAAGGGUUUGAUGGAGUAGUGACUGUGGGUCCUGAGUUUUAUGGGAGUUCUCAGCCCUUUCCUUCGCUGGAAAUAUUGAAGUUUAGUUGGAUGUCUUCAUGGGAAGAAUGGUGUUCAUUCGGGGUUGAUGAUGAAUUCAAAAGAGGUUUCCCUAAUCUCCAAGAGCUUCACAUAGUAUCUUGUCAGAGCCUAAUAGGGAAUUUGCCCAAGAACCUUCCUUCUUUAAGAAAACUUGUGAUCGAGUACUGCGAGCAGCUUCUUUCUCCUCUCCCAAGAGCUCCUGCUAUCCGUGAAUUAGAGCUUAUCAAAUGUGAUAUGGUAGUGUUGCGGGAGCUGCCACGCACACUGCACUCGCUGAAAGUGAAAGGAUGUCAGGUUGUUGUACAGUCAUUACUGGAGGCAAUGUCAACACAAAUCCAAGCCUGUCGACGGUUGGAUAUUUCUGAUUGUUCCUUGAUAUCAUUUCCUGGGAGUUUUCUUCCGACUACAUUGAGCUUUUUGAGUAUCAAAAACUGCGAGAAGUUAGAGUUUCCACUGCAGCAGUACCACACGUCCCUCGAACACUUGCUGAUAGUAGAUAGUUGUGGUUCACUCAGGUCUUUUCCAUUGGAUUUCUUCCCCAAUCUUAAUGGUCUCACUAUUGGGAGGAGCCCAAGUCUCAGAUUCCUUUCCGUGUCGGAGGGGCAACAAAAAGUUCUUGCAUCUGUCACUUGCUUGAAAAUUCGGGGAUGCCCAAAUUUCAUCUCUUUUCCCAAAGGAGGACUAUCUGCACCAAACCUGAGUGAUCUUUGGAUUGAAGAGUGUCAGAAGUUAACAUCACUGCCUGAACGAAUGCAUGUCCUGCUCCCAUCCUUACGUGAACUAAGAGUCUCCGGUUGUCCAAAACUAGUGUCUUUCCCUGAAGGUGGUUUGCCCCCUAGCUUGUCUUCACUCUACAUCGGAGAUUGCAACGAACUAGUUGCCCGCCGAAUGGGGUGGAAUUUGCAGGGCCUCCCUUUGCUUACAAGCUUUGGGAUCUUUGGUGAAUGUCAAAACGUGAAGUCCUUUCCGGAGGAGGAGCUGCUGCCCUCUUCUCUUACAUACCUGUCCAUCGUUGGACUUUCAUGUCUCAAAAACUUGGAUGGAAGGGGGCUUCAAAACCUUACAUCUCUCAGAACAUUGAUCAUCAGUGGGUGUCCUAAGCUCCAGUCAAUACCAGAAGAAGGGCUGCCUAUGUCUCUUGUUGAGCUCAUCAUCCGGAGAUGUCCUUUGCUGAGAGAACAAUGCCAAAGGGAGAAAGGGGAAGACUGGCCCAAAAUAGCUCACAUCUCUUGCAUAGAGAUUGAAGACAACUGUGCCUCAUGAAAUUUCUCCAUUAGAGUCCGUGUGCCUACACUAUACCCAAGUAUCUCUCAGAUAUUCUCUUGAAGAAUUAGAUCAGAGGCGUUUUUGUGGAUUUUGUCUUUACAUACUCUCAAACUAGUGGCACAAAGUUUGGGCAAAAGAGGGGGGGAAAAACGGUUAGUCAGACUAUACAACUGGUUGACAUUUAUGUUUCUCUUGGACCCACUCUAAUAACAGACAAGAGAAUAUAAAAAAGACUUGAGAGAUGUUUAUCGCUUCCUAGGUUCGGCAGUAGAUAAACUGAAGUCUGAAACAAUCGUGGUCAGAGAAUCUACCCGAAAAUAAGAUAUGGAGUAGUUUGACUGCAGAUAGUUUUCAACCGAAGUAAUAACAGAAAGCAUGGAUUGGGAGGUAGAGCUUUCAGAAAAUGUUAAAUCUUUAAAUCCCGAUUCAUCUCUUAUCUUUCAGGGUUCUACAGUCGCAGAUUCAGUUCUUGAUGAUCUUUUAAAAAACACCCGAACAUGCACCCAAACUCGCACUUGCAGCACCCCGCCCGGCCAUGAUGCGGCUCAUACACAUACAUGUUGUCACACUCACAACCAAGUUCUGGCAUCUGAAGAAGAUGAUGACUCAAAAAACAAAAAAAUUACCGGUUCAAGGCCAAGAAGACCUUCAGGAAACAGAGCAGCAGUUCGGAAGUAUAGGGAGAAAAGGAAGGCUCAUACAGCUUAUCUCGAAGAGGAAGUCGAGAAAUUGCGUCUUUUGAACCAACAACUGGUUAGAAAAUUACAGCGUCAAGCAAUUCUUGAAGCUGAGGCUUUGAGAUUGAAAAGUCUUCUGCUACACCUUGUUGGAAAAAUUGAUAAUGAGUUGGAUGUUUUUCCCAACCAAAAGCAGGGUACCGCUAAUGCCAUGUUAAAAAAUAGCGAUUGUGGGUUGCAGUCUGGUGGUGUGGCAAUUAGCCUACGAUGUCCAACUAAUUUACCAUCCUUCCAUCCACAUGUUGAGUCAUCAUCGCAGGCUGGUACUGGUGGAAGUGGGAAGACGAUAAUAUCAUUGGACGAACACUACGAACCUGCAAUCAGAGAUUGCUGAGCUAGCACAAAUCAGAUGGUGAAUGCUGAAGGACAAACACUGGAAACGGUGGAGACCUUGGUUGUAACUUACUUUUAGGGGAGAGCACUAUGUAGUAGUGCUUGUAAGAACGAGAGUGCCAUAUUUGUAUACUAUCAAGCCUGUAUAUGCCCAUUACUGAUACAAAUUUGACUCUUUGAGCAUGUCAGUUUCGUUCUUCCCUUGAUGAAUGUGCAUAUCAGUCUUGUUAA